AUAACUGUUACGCAUAGUACCUUGCGACAUGCAUUUUCCCAUCGUUGCGAACUGGAUGCAGCAAGCACAACAAUACCGGCGGCAGAUUUUCCAUGGACUAUCAAAACAGAUACGUCUGUAAAUGGGUCCAAUAGUACUAACCGCAUCACGCAUGCAAUAAUCCACAAAAUCGACUUAUUGAUGUCCUGGCAACUUUCCCCACUAGCAAUGCCAGCUCAGAGCGAUUGGAAUGUAAAUACGAGUGAUACAAAAUACACUUCCAUCCAGUCCAUGUAGCAACACAGGGACAAUAAAUGAGCAGUCCACAUCACAGCUGAAAGCGCUUCGUUCUAGCAAUGGUUGCACAGUAUCUCGUCUCAACAAUUCCUUCAAAAACUGUACACGACGUACUGCUAAUUCAGAAGAGUAACCCCAGCAACGGACAAGCCGUUCAGUCCAGGGAUCAAGGAGCCAGUCAAGACCAACCACACAAGUUCCAGAAUAUGGACGAAUAUACCGAAACAUGUUGCAUUUGCUUUGAACCAUUCGCUAAAGGAGGAACCGACCGGACUAUGGAUGGACUACCAUUUACGGAAUACGGAGCCCAUGUCCGAACUGUUUCGCUAAAUCAAUGCCUCCACAAAUUUUGCUAUGACUGUAUAGCGUUAUGGGAUCAUUUCCAAGGAGAAAUACGGCAACUAGACAGCAGAGAACACUACGAAUACGCCGGAGAAAAUAAAUCGGUGGAAAAUCACAGGACUUGUCCACUAUGUCGAACACAUUACGAAAGCUUUGCCGCGAUAUAUACAGCAGGUGUUCCGGUAUCCGUCGAUGACAACCUCGAUUCUCCACCGACACCAUUGGCCAUCUCCCGAGCAACCCAGCAGCCUUUUUCACCAAGUCGACCGGAUCAAAAUUUCUGCGCCCGUUUGUUUGUAUUUUUGCACACCUUAUUAUCCUUAAGCCAUUUAAAUGAAUGUACAGUUGAUUACUUUUUUAUCUUCAUAGCCACUGCUUUUAUCAUUUGGUACAGCAUUAUUCUUGAACUGCGUUUAGUUGCGCAAUUAAAUGCAUAAAGAACUGAAAGGUUUUUCGAUCCUGAACGCAAAUGUACCUGUCAUCUUGAUUACUGUUUUGAACUUACGCAUGUUUACUGACAAAUCUGUGCUGACUGUGAGCAGCUAAUAUUCAGAUGGCAAGGUAAAACGCUU